AUGAGAGGCGUCAAAGUCUUCUCAGGCAGAUCCCAUCCCACCCUUGUCGAGGCGAUAUGCGAGCGUCUAGGCUCUUCACCGGCCAAGUGCGACUUGGGCAACUUCGCAAAUGGCGAAAUCAGCGUCCAAAUCGGCACUUCAAUCAGGAACGAAGAUGUCUUCAUCGUUCAGAGUGGGAGCCCUCACAUCAAUGACAGUGUCAUGGAAAUGCUCAUCAUGGUAGCUGCAUGUAAAGGAGGAUCGGCCAAGUCCAUCACCGCAGUCAUGCCUUACUUUCCAUACUCCCGGCAAUCCAAGAAGAAGAGCCACCGAGGUGCCAUCACGGCAAAGAUGGUUGCGAAUCUCAUGGUGGUAGCCGGAGUGGACCACAUUAUCACGGUCGACCUUCAUGCCUCGCAAAUGCAGGGAUUCUUUGGGAAGCCUGUCGACAACCUCUUUGCUGAACCAAUCAUUGCACGAUGGAUCAAAGGCAAUGUGCCCUGCUGGAGAGAUGCAGUGGUAGUGAGCAAAAAUGUAGGCGGCACGAAACGAGUUACUUCCUUAGCCGAUGCGCUCAAGCUGAGCUUCGCUCUUGUGUCCACCGACCGGGAUCGUUCCAGACAUCCACACCACCAUAACAGCCUAGCAGACAGCACCGUGUUCUUUGAUGCCAUAGAGCCGCAGUCGAUGCGCUAUCGCGAGCGCCUGCUGGAUGGAGACGAUGGGCAGGAUGCCGACAACGAGUCCGACAAGUCACACAGCCGAGAAUUGUCUCACCGAGGCAAAACCCACGCAACUACGGGCAGCAAUCGCCCUGGCCUUGGAAGGCCAAAAGCGGUGACCAUUGCAUCCAGCCCCCUUGUUCGGACAGCGAGGGUGGAGUCCACUUCCCCUCCCUCGUCGCCUGACCGCCUCUCCCGUAUCGAAACCGCUCCCAACGCCCGCAGACCCUCUGAAUACGAAGCCAGUGAAGCACACAAUGAUCAACGGGCACGCGAUGUGCUUGUGGGCCGGAUUGUCCAAGGUCACCUGGUGGACGACGACCAUCCAUCAUCGGCCAUGUCGAGCAUGUCAGCCUCUCUUGCUAAUCUUGCAGCAGACCGUCAUCUGCAAGACGGGGUGGACAACCCUGUCAACGACCCAAUGACCUCCUCCUUCAUGUCGACUGCAUCGUCUUUUCAGCCGGAACAUGCCCUGGGCGGUAGCAUGGAUGCUGCUGCAACAUCUGAUGAGGAAGAGGAAGGGAUCAAGAACCCUGAUCUGGAACACACCAUCACCCUAGUAGGCAAUGUCACGGAUAAGACGGUUCUCAUGAUGGACGACAUCAUUGAUCGAUCCGGUUCAUGGAUUGCCGCUGCAGAAACUUGCGUGAAGAUCGGCCACGCAAAAAAGGUGUAUUGCAUCGCGAUUCACGCUUUAUUCGGCGAGGAUUCUUUGGAAGAGCUGGAAGCAUGCGACUGCAUAGAUUACAUUGUUGUGACCAAUACCUUUCCGAUAUCGCCUGAGCGCGUCCGUGCCUCGAAGAAGCUGAUCAUGAUCGACCUCUCCAAUCUGCUAGCUGAAGCAAUCCGACGGAAUCACCACGGUGAGGACAUGUCGGCCCUCUUCGCUCAUGCGUGA